AUGUAUUCUUUCUAUGAGGACAAAGAGAUGCAACGCCGAAUCGAGAUGGAAGAGAUAUAUGAAGAAGUGUUGCAGAUGAGACAUAGAACGGAAUUGGCUGUCCAAAGAAUGCAAGAAGCACAACGCCAAAAAGAGUUCCAAGAGAUGAAUUAUAGGCUAAAGGAGCUUGCGCAAAGUGUUGAACGAAUGAGUCUUCAUCUCCAAACUAUAAUUGACAACAACUCAAGAAGAGAGAGACAAGAAGCUCUUGAGAAAGUAAUCUCAUCAAUGGAGGACAAUGAUGUAGAAGAUGAACCAAGGGAGGUGGUACUGCAGCCACUACCUAUACUUCUUCCACCACCAUACUCACACAAGGGAACAGAGAAACUCACUUGUGGGAGUGAGCUGGUGGAUGUGCUGAAAAUUGAUGAGACUUGUCCUCCAAAUGAAGAGGUAGUUGACUUGGAAUUUAUACAUAUCUUGAUGAAUGAAGAAGAGUCAACUAUCUCCAUUGAUGAGGGUCAUGUUGAUGGGGUCAAAGGUAAACAUACUUGGGGAGUGCAAGAAGAGAUGGUUGAUUUUGAUCAAUUUCAAGCCGAGAAAAUCCCCAAAGUGUUGGAAGAGUGGAGCAAGAAAGAUUUUCCUCUAUGUUGGAUGAUUCAAAGGUUCUUGAGACAUCUUUUGUAUGUCAUAUCCCUUAGUAGCUUGUUAAUUCUGAAAUUUGGUGUGCUUAAUGUGUACUUGCUAGGCUUUAGUCUGGGUGUCACUUGCCUGAGUGACUUUUGUCACUCAGGGGAGUCAGUGGAUUGCAACUACUUUACUCCACCAAUGUAUUCUUUCUAUGAGGACAAAGAGAUGCAACGCCGAAUCGAGAUGGAAGAGAUAUAUGAAGAAGUGUUGCAGAUGAGACAUAGAACGGAAUUGGCUGUCCAAAGAAUGCAAGAAGCACAACGCCAAAAAGAGUUCCAAGAGAUGAAUUAUAGGCUAAAGGAGCUUGCGCAAAGUGUUGAACGAAUGAGUCUUCAUCUCCAAACUAUAAUUGACAACAACUCAAGAAGAGAGAGACAAGAAGCUCUUGAGAAAGUAAUCUCAUCAAUGGAGGACAAUGAUGUAGAAGAUGAACCAAGGGAGGUGGUACUGCAGCCACUACCUAUACUUCUUCCACCACCAUACUCACACAAGGGAACAGAGAAACUCACUUGUGGGAGUGAGCUGGUGGAUGUGCUGAAAAUUGAUGAGACUUGUCCUCCAAAUGAAGAGGUAGUUGACUUGGAAUUUAUACAUAUCUUGAUGAAUGAAGAAGAGUCAACUAUCUCCAUUGAUGAGGGUCAUGUUGAUGGGGUCAAAGGUAAACAUACUUGGGGAGUGCAAGAAGAGAUGGUUGAUUUUGAUCAAUUUCAAGCCGAGAAAAUCCCCAAAGUGUUGGAAGAGUGGAGCAAGAAAGAUUUUCCUCUAUGUUGGAUGAUUCAAAGGUAUGCUUCCUGGAGGCAUGAUAGGCUAAUUGAUGGCACAUUCUUGUGGUAUCAAGAUGGCUAUUCUGAGUGA